CAACGCGGAAACUGUCAAUUUAAUUCUGCCAUGUUGAUUGUUUGGGUUUUGACAGUUUAAUUUCGGCCACCUGUGAAAAUUUCUUAUUUUACUAAUGAUUCAUUCUUUAAUUAAAUGAAAUUGAUAUAUAUCUUGCUUCUUUUGUACCAUUCCACGUUAUUUGAUCUCUUCUAUCAUAAAAAUGUUUAAAUUUGGCAGUAAAAAAGAUAUAAACAUUGAUUAUAAAUGUACUAUAAGAUUAUUGGAUGAUACAGAAGUUUUGCAGUGUGAUUUUCAGAGUGAACAAAAAGGACAGUUUCUUUUGGACUAUUCAUGCAAUGCCUUGAAUUUGUUAGAAAAAGAUUAUUUUGGAUUGAGAUAUGUUGAUGCACAAAAGCAACGGCAAUGGUUGGAUUUGACAAAAUCUAUCAUCAAGCAAGUCAAAGGCAUGAACCCUAUCAUAUUUUGCUUCAGGGUUAAGUUUUAUCCUCAAGAGCCAUAUCGCCUGAAAGAAGAAUUGACCAGGUAUCAAAUAUUUUUGCAACUUAGAAGAGAUCUCCUUCAUGGCCGUUUAUAUUGCUCACAGAGUGAUGCUGCAAUGCUUGCUGCUUAUAUUAUACAAUCUGAACUGGGAGAUUUUGAUUCUGAUGAGCAUCCGCCUACUUAUGUAUCUGAAUUUAAAUUGUUAUUGAAACAGACUCAGCGCUUAGAAGAAAAAAUAGCAGAAAUUCACCAAGGACAGUUAAGGGGACAAGUACCUGCAGUAGCGGAAAUGAAUUUUUUGCGUAAAGCUUGCUUGUUAGAUACGUAUGGAGUUGAUCCUCACCCAGUGAAAGAUCAUAAAGCAACGCAGCUAUACCUUGGAAUAAACUAUGCUGGCAUUUUAACAUUUCAAGGAAGUCGAAAAACACAUCAUUUUAAAUGGCCUGAUAUACAAAAGAUAAAUUAUGAAGGGAAAAUGUUUAUUGUUCAUCUUCUCUUUAAUGAGGAUGCUAGGACAAAGAAAAAACAUCUUGUGGGAUUCAAGUGUCCAUCUCAAGGUGCAUGCCAUUACCUUUGGAAGUGUGCUGUUGAACAAAGAUAUUUUUUUACCAUGGAAUCCUCAAAUGAUGUUCCACAAGUUACAACCAGUGGAGGACUUUUUUCCAGAGGAUGUAAAUUUAGAUACAGUGGAAGAGUUGAAAAAGAAAUAGCUGAAGAUACCAAACAGAUUUUAAGAGAACAGCCUCAAUUCCAGCGUUCUUUAACUAGACCUUCAUCUUUCAGAAAAUUCAUUGAUGGAUACUCAAAUUCACCUUCUUCAUCACCCCAAAAAGAUCAUCUUAUGAAUGACUACAAUAACAUGCUGUAUUCAAAUCACACCACAAGUAUUACACAUGCCUCUCUCAAUGAUCAAGAAAACUUGCAGAUGAAUCAUAAUUUGAAUUCACCACCUCAAUCUAAUAAUCCAACUGAUGGCUUGGAUGUCCUCGAAGAAGAAUGUGAUUCUUACAGCCCAACAGAUACCAUACUGUCAGAAUCACCAUCGUUCAGCAGCAAUCAGGUGUCAUGCAAUAAUUCUUUAACGUGUCAGAAUUCUGAAGAAGGACUCAGAGACGACUCUGACACCACGGAGGACAUAGCAGAUGCUGCUGAUAUCAUGCAUAGUUCUUACCAAGCUCCAGUGUUCAGACAAACUGAAGAAACUGUGCCCCUUGAUGUCAAAAUACCAAAAAGGAAAACUCCCAUGGCACAAUCUACUGCUCUUCCAUUACAUGUCAAUGUCAUGCGUGUCAUCGUUUUAUCUUGUUUGUUUGUUUUGCUUUUACUCUCGUGCCUUUUAAUUGUCGUCAUGGAAUCAGACUCUUCUCUUUUCAGUGAUAUUCGUAAGCUCCCAGAGAUGAUUAUUUUGCGGAGGGAGUAUUACGAACCUGCGAAAGACUAUAUUGCGGAACACAUGAAUUUUUUGACCAAAAGAUAAAGCUUUUCAAGUGUAUUUGUAUUGUCUGUCUUAUUCAUCAUGAAAAAAGAACAAAAUUAAAGUCUUUCCAGUUUAUACAAAGCAGCUUCGCGUAAUGUUAUUGUCUUGUUAAUGGCUUUUUUUUCUCUUUGGAAACUCUUUAUGCCAUUUUUUAAAAUAAAAUUUUGCUUUAUAGUAUUUUAAAUUCAAUUCAUUGAAGAAAAAAUUCUUUAUUCUAAUGAAUAGUUGUAAUGAAUUUUUAUUUUAUUAUUAUUAUAUAUAUAUAUAUAUAUAUAUANUAUAUAUAUAGUGAGUGAGACAGUUUUCAAUGAACUUUCUUAGCUUCUACUGCUUUUUAAAGUUAAAAUUAUUAACUUAUUUAAAUAUGAAAUAUCUACUUAUCUUUUUAUAUGAGGGCUUAAAAAGUAGAGCUACUUAUUAGUUUUAUUUAUGAAAGAAAAAAAUAAUGCACAUUAUAAUAUGCUUACACUUUUGUUUUCUAUGAACUACUUAUAAAAUAUUAUAAUGUAAAUUAUAAUUAUUUUCACUUUACAAACUUCUGAAUCUAAAAAGAAU